AUGUCCAACCUCCAAUACAGCAGAGCCAAGUUCACAACCGACGUCCUCACCACACUUCGCGCCCACCAGAUCAUGCUCACAAACCUCUACGUCGCCCAAAACAACGCUUACACCUCUGCCUAUACCGCUUUCGCAACUCAGUGCAUAGUCGGAGAUAUGGUACACACGAAAAUCAAGGAUGUCGUGACGAAGCUACUGGGACAGCAGAAAGAUAUCAUGCUGUUUCAGACUUUCCUGAAGAGUUUCCAAGAUUUUGUUGUUGGGCUAGAGGGCAACGUGAGCCAUGAGAUCGACGAGGAUUGA